AUGGAGCUGACGCGUCCUCGCGAUUCCGUGGCUAUGCUCCUCGCCGUCCUCGUCGUCUCGGCGGCCGUGGUGCGCUCCGACGGCGCCCUCUGCGACAAGUCCGACAAGGCAGCCUUGCUCGCCGUGAAGUCGGCGCUGGGCAACCCUCCGGCGCUCUCCGGCUGGAACUCCACCGUCGCCUGCUGCUCCUGGGAGGGCAUCUCCUGCAACGCCACCACGGGCCGGGUCACCGAGCUGACCGUCUUCGCGCUCAACAUCUCGGCGCCGGUUCCGGACGCCAUCGCCAACCUCACCGCGCUGCAGACCGUCAACUUCGCCUACAACCGCCUCUACGGCAGCAUCCCGGCGUUCCUGGGCCCGCACGCGCUCCCGGACCUCACCUUCCUCCGGCUCGACGGCAACCGCGUCACCGGCACCAUCCCGCCCACGGCCACCGUCUUCGCCCUCAGCCUCGUGGGCAACCGCCUCACGGGGCCGCUCCCGGCCACCUUCGGCAGCGCCAACUUCGGCGACGUGGACCUCACCGACAACCAGUUGACGGGCGACGCGUCGAUGCUGUUCGGCGCCAAGAAGCAGCUGAACGCGCUGCACCUGUCGCGCAACCGGUUCAAGUUCGACCUCGGCCGCGUGGAGCUGCCGGAGGCGAUGGACAUCCUGGAGAUCGACCACAACUUGGUGUACGGGAGCAUCCCUGCGGCCGCGGCGGCGAGGAAGUGGCUGGCGUUCGACGUCAGCUACAACCAGCUGUGCGGGCCCAUACCGCAGGGGCGGUACACGCACAGGUUUGGGGCCAAGCACUUCGCCGGCAACAAAUGCCUCUGCGACCGCCCGCUCCCGCCGUGCAAGAGCUAG